CGAUCCGGGGUGAAUGCGCCUGCGCGGGGGUGGGCGUGUCCCGUCCCGGGUGAGUGCGCCUGCGCGGAGCGCCGAGCGGGAGCUUCCCAGUGUCCCGAAGCGGAUCCGGUUCCUCCCAGGCCGCUUGGCAGCGCUUCCCUGCGACCAUGUCCAAGUCCCUGAAGAAGCUGGUGGAGGAGAGCCGGGAGAAGAGCCAGCCCGAAGUGGACAUGAGCGACCGCGGCAUCUCCAGCAUGCUGGACGUCAGCGGCCUGUUCUCCCUGUCCCACAUCACGCAGCUGGUCCUCAGCCACAACAAGCUGACAACUGUGCCGCCAAACGUGGCCGAGCUGAAGAACCUGGAGGUGCUGAACUUCUUCAACAACCAGAUCGAGGAGCUUCCCACGCAGAUCAGCAGCCUGCAGAAGCUCAAGCACCUGAACCUGGGCAUGAACCGGCUGAGCACUCUGCCGCGGGGGUUCGGCUCUCUCCCGGCUCUCGAGGUCCUCGACCUGACCUACAACAACUUGAACGAGAACUCCCUUCCUGGAAAUUUUUUCUACCUUACCACCCUGCGUGCCCUCUAUCUAAGUGACAACGAUUUUGAAAUCCUGCCGCCAGAUAUUGGGAAGCUCACCAAGUUGCAGAUACUCAGCCUUCGGGACAACGACCUGAUCUCGCUGCCCAAGGAGACCGGGGAGCUGACCCAGCUCAAGGAGCUGCACAUCCAGGGGAACCGUCUGACCGUCCUGCCCCCGGAGCUGGGGAACCUGGAUCUCACGGGGCAGAAGCAGGUGUUCAAAGCCGAGAACAACCCCUGGGUCACCCCGAUCGCCGACCAGUUCCAGCUCGGCGUGUCCCACGUGUUCGAGUACAUCCGCUCCGAGACCUACAAGUACCUCUAUGGGAGGCACAUGCAGGCGAAGCCCGAGCCGCCCAAGAAGAACAACGACAAGUCCAAGAAGAUCAGCCGGAAGCCGCUGGCGGCCAAGAACAGAUGAGCGGCUGCCUCAGUGCCCGGGAGCUGGUGGCUUUUGAAUUCUCAGCACCGCUUCCCCUCGUCUCCUGAGGGUUACCCAAGGUGGGGAGCAGAGCUGUGGUCCAGCUGCAGAUCCCAGCGGGCUUCAGUCUGCGGAGAGGCCCCCGUGGCCGCGAAGGACGAAAAGACACGCACGCACCCUCACGCCUCGGCCACCGCUUUUCACGCUGUUCACGCACGUAUCUCGUUCUCUGCAACUUAAACUUUCCCCUUCGCCACUGAGAAAUUAAUUCAACUUGCAAAUGAUUUUAUUAAAACCUUGAAUUUGUU